AGACAAUGAGACUGUGAUGUCAACCUGAACAGAGGUGUGUGAAAUGGGGUCUCAGCCUGCCUCAGCUCAGUAGUGCUGCUGCCUAAGACCACAAUCAUGAGUGGUGGAUAUGAUCUCAACCUCUUUGCCAACCCCCCGGACUGUGCCUUGCUAUGUUCUGUCUGCCAUGGGGUCCUCAAGCGACCUGUGAAACUGCCAUGUGGUCAUAUCUUCUGCAAGAAAUGCAUCUUAACCUGGCUGGCUAGACAAAAGACAUGUCCUUGCUGCAGGAAAGAAGUGAAGAGGAAGCUGAUGGUUCAGGUGCACAAACUCAGAAAAACCAUUGGCCGCCUGCAAGUCAAGUGCAAGAAUUCUCAGGCUGGCUGCUGUGUCACCUGUCCCCUGUCUCAGCGUAGGAUCCACCUGGACUCCUGCCCUUUUGAGCUCACCCCCUGCCCUAACGCAGGCUGCAUGGCCAGGGUGCGGCGGGCAGCCUUAGCGGAACACAGCCAGAGCUGUGGACACAGGCGACAGCAGCGCUGCCCCCUCGGCUGCGGGGCCACGCUCACAGCUGUGGAAAGGGAGAGCCACAACUGCUACCGGGAGCUCCAAGAGGCAUGGGGCCGCCGGAGAGCACAGGGCCGGGCCCUGGUCUCCCGCCUUCGACAUCGAAUGAGGCGAAUCCACCGGGCCACCAGCCUCAUCCGAAGGCAGCUGACCCGGCUGGAGACCUUCCUGGAAGAGGAUGAAGAGGAAGGCAUGAAUGUAUCCAACAUCGACACCGAGGCACCCAGGGCUGCUAUGUAAUGCUUGCCCAGCUGGAUGGUCAGGACUCCUGCCCAGAUCCCCUCCCCUGGGGCUGACCUUCCCUAGGGAAAACUGGGGAAGACCAGGCUACUAUGACUGUAAAUAGAGAAGGAUGAAUAAAAGUGGAGCCCAAGGGGUCCCAAGCUUUGUUCUUC